CUGCAGGAGGUGAAAAGGAAGACUAGCACAAAGCUGAACGCCGUGUCGAUUGGGCAGCACUGUGCCAAGGCGGCCUUGUGUACAGACCAGUCUCGCCAGCGACUUCGAGCUCGACUUGUGCAUGAGGAGUCUGGGCAACUUGUGUACACCCCACUACGUGAUGGAGAGAUUAGUUUCGUUCUCAGCCAGCCCCCGUCGGAUCUGGCCCUGACUACGGUGCUUCUACAGCCACUGCUACCACUAAAUCGGCAGCCUACCAAUGCGCGAGGAACGUUUGCUGCCAAGUACAACAUCGUCGCGACUUCUUCGUGUACGCGCGUCUUGCAUCUCGAUAGUGGUGGAUUGUACGGACUGCUGCCAUCUCAAACGGCAGCAGCAAGUUAUGAGGUCGUCUGUGGGCCCCGUAAUACACGACCAAGCAGUGCUCCUGCCACACCUCAAAGCCACCAACUGGAGGAGAUAGUCAAGGGAGAACUCCGUAAGCUCGUGCAUGAGAUUGAGGCAGCGUUUCGCGACCGCGUGCGAUUGUUGACUGCCGACUUCCAGAUCACGGACAUGCAUCGACUUGUGUUGGUGCGUGUAAGCGGCGUCGUAUUCUUCUCGGACCUGGUCCAGAAGAAGGACGCUCCCUCCACAUCUUCCGUUGCAGUUGACGAGAGCAGCAAAUGCGCAGGUCAUGCCUUCUGCCACUGCAUCGACGUAAUUAGCGCUCCCAGCUUGAGCAGAUUUCGGCCGCCGCGGAAGCACACGGAGCUACGUCAAAUUACGCGCAAGUCGAUUUCGCUGAGUGAGAAUGAGUCGGCUUUCCUCGAACGCUUCGGAGCGGAGGCUGAAGCUACUCUGCGUACCAUCGACAUCUCGGACUUAACAGCUACUUCAUCGUGGUCCAGACGAGGGAAAGAUGGUAGAGGUGAAGCCCCCGCUGUCAUGAAGCUGCUCGAGCGACGCAUUUUCAUGCUUCAGAAUACGUUGUGGAAUCCAAAGAGUGACGCAUUCGACCCCAAAGCCCUCGACUUCGAAGAUGCCCAGUGGCUGCCGCAUGAAUACGAAAUGGUAACCGUAUGCCGAGCGUGCUACCUCAUCUACCAAGCAGUGGACGACGAACGGUCCAACCGAUCUCGUGAGACAGCGACCGCAGCUGCCCGACGAGCGUCGGAGUUAUUCAGAUACAAGUUUCUGGAAAGUGAGCGAGCCGCUAUGUCGAACUUACACCCAACGUCCAACAGGAACCCUGAUCAGGUUCGGGAGGCGUGGGAAGUGAAGGAGGGAGACAAGGCGUAA